CUUGCUUGCUAUCACCACAACACAACUGAUCUGUCCACCACACCUGCAAUUUUGCGCAAAAUCCCUUGAAAAUGGAAAUGGAAAUGUCCCCUGAAUACCAAAUUGACUCCCAAAAAUACAUCAGCAGUGCAGCCCUCCCUGAGGUAGCCCUGGCCCAAGAACAAAGUUUCAACAGGAAGAAGGAUGACUCUUGGUUGGGUAAGGUCAAGGUCAGGUUGUCUCAGAUGGAGCAGCUCCCUGGCAACCGGGAGGUCCAACCGGAGUUUGUUAAAAAGUAUUUGGCAGCAUGGGGAAUGAAUAUCAACCGUGACAGACACCCUAUGGCUGGCAUUCUCACAUCAGAGCCAGGCAGUGUGAGGCUGGGGGCUUCAGAAUUCUUGCCAUCACACCUCAAGGUCUACCUGUGCCAUGGUCAGCAUAGGAAGCGAGUCCUUGAGAAUGCCAUCCAGUUGGCUUUGACCAAGGAAACAAUGGCAGAGAGUGGAGAUGAGGAUCCUGAACCGCACGAGUUCCAACUGGAAGAAGUGCAUCAGCAUAAAGAUGGAUUUUGGACAAUGGAUGUCUACCGAAAUUCCUUAAUGGGGGAUUCCAUGUUUUUCACCUGGGUACUUCAAGAUAAUGCCCCUGUGGAAAAGGCUCCAAAUCUGUUGCUUGAUGAUUAUGUCAAUGCCUAUGGAACCUUUGUCAACAGGGACCGAGUCCCGACUGGCCUACAGAGGAGAGCGUGGUGGGCAGGGAUGCUUGGGAGCAACAAUUCACUGGAGCCUUUGAGGCCUGUGCUUUGUUCAAUGGAGAUGCUGAGGGUUAUGACUCUCAUGAGAAAGGUCAAAUGGUUCAUCCAAUACACAAAGUGGUCAUUUGUAAGGCAUAUGGGGGGGGGGGAUGCAAAAUUUCUCUUUGAGAUUUGUCUCUGGCACCUAGCCAUACUUUGCUCUGAUGGUCACAUCCUCAGACCUGAGGAUGAGAACCAAACGUUCAACAACAUCGACGAUGACCACCUUCCCCCAUCCUGAGGUCUCUCCCAGCUCACAUUCUCAAACAUGGAAGAGGACCUUGAACAUCCCAAAAGUGAUGAAGUGGAGUUGGAGCCAGUUUGAGAGGGUCCAGAAGGUUGGUGGUGAAUUGCCUGGGAACUUACUUGAACCCAAGGGAGAAGAGGAGUGGACGAUUGAGCCUGGGAUGGUAAGCAACAUUUUUGACUUG